CAGGACUUUCCUCUGUGUUCAGCCAAGCAUCCAGAGCUGCUGCUGCUGGUUCUCUUGUUUAAACUCAGAACCAACAACCAACGGACCAGCCGAGCAAAAACACAUCGGAGUCAAGACAUUCGACUUCAGGAGAUCUUUGAACAGGUAAAAUAUGUUAAAGUGGACCGUGCUCCUGUCUUUAUGUUUAAGUAUCUCCUCUGCAACAUUUGACUAUCUUUAUGAGCAGAGAUCCUUCAUGGAUCCAGAGGACAUUCUGACUGUGAGCAUUCCUCUGGAGGGCUUACAGCGCCCUCUGCUGGGAGAAACUCUGCUACUGCCGUGCUACUUUCAGGACCACUCUGUUGAAGAUUCUGGUUCUCCCCCCGUCACUCCCCUUUCCCACCGUAUCAAAUGGAGCUACGUCACAAAGGAAAAGGCGACUACCAUCCUUGUGGCUUUGGAAGGACAGGUCCGCAUCAGCGAAAGUUAUCUGGACAGAGUUCAGCUGCAGAGCUACCCCCAGACUCCAACAGAUGCCAGCAUCAAAAUAUCGGAGCUACGUUCCAGUGACACAGGAGUGUAUCGCUGUGAAGUUCAGAUUGGCAUUGAGGAUGCCUAUGACUUUGUGCAUGUCCUUGUUCAAGGUAUCGUGUUCCACUACCGGCCCUUUAUGGGUCGCUACACUUUGACUUUUGAGAAAGCGAAGGCAGCAUGUGCCCAGAACAGUGCAGUUAUUGCUACUCCAGAGCAGCUUCAAGCAGCAUUCGAAGAUAGUUUCCACCAGUGCGACGCAGGCUGGUUGUCUGAUCAAACAGUGCGGUACCCAAUCCACAAGUCUCGCAUGAACUGCUAUGGCGACAAAGAGGAACUCCCUGGGGUCAGGACGUAUGGCAUGAGAGAUCUCAAUGAGACAUAUGAUGUUUACUGUUUUGCAGAUAGGAUGCCAGGCAGAGUUUUUCACAGCACCUCUGCAGGGAAGUUCAUCUUCUCUGAGGCUGCGCUGGCGUGCUCCUACCAAGGAGCUCGGCUAGCCACCACAGGUCAGCUGUACCUUGCAUGGCAGGGGGGUAUGGACAUCUGCAAUGCCGGCUGGCUGAGAGAUGGGAGUGUCCGCUACCCCAUCAAUAUUCGACGGCCACAAUGCGGAGGGGGUCUGCUAGGGGUGCGAACAGUUUAUCUCCACACAAACCAAACAGGAUACCCACUUCCUGAUUCUCGCUAUGAUGCCUUCUGUUACACAGAUUCCCCUGAUGAUGAGGGUUCAGGCACAGAUGAGGGGAGUGGUGCUGUGACUGUUACCACAGUGACGAAGAGUCCAGAGGUGUUCUUCAGCAAGAUGACCACAGAGAGCGAAGCAGUUGGAGAGGUGGAGACCCAGCAGCCAUUUGAUCUGAGCUACACCAACAGCGAGAACCCCAACAAGCUGCCACUUCCUCUGCCAACAAACUUCACAGAUUUCACCUUUGACCUUAUUGAGGCCGUCACCAACCAGCCGGCUGUACAAAGGGAGCCCAGCAAAACCUCUGUCAUCUCUCCAGCAGGCGUGGUCUUCCAUUACCGCUCACCCACUGGCCGUUAUGCUCUCACAUUCGUCGAGGCUCAGUUGGCCUGCCAGGGUGUCAGAGGCUCCAUGGCCACACCACAGCAGCUGCAGCGAGCAUACGAGGACGGAUACCAUCAAUGUGAUGCAGGUUGGCUUCUGGACCAGACUGUGAGGUAUCCUAUCGUGUUUCCUCGAGAAAAAUGUGCUGGAGAUCUUGGAGAUCAACCUGGAGUUCGGACGUAUGGCCUCAGACCAGCAGAGGAGAGAUACGAUGUUUACUGCUACACCGAGGAGAUCAAAGGAGAGGUUUUUCAUGUGGGAUCUGCUGAGGGUUUCACCUACGACGAGGCUGCUUCUGCCUGUGAAAACCACAGUGCGGUUCUGGCCUCCACUGGAGAGCUCUAUGCAGCCUGGAAACUGGGCUUGGACAAGUGCCGAGCAGGCUGGCUACUGGACCGCAGCGUUCGCUACUCCGUCAACAGCCCCCGUCCUGGGUGUGGAGGAGAGAAAUCAGGGGUGCACACUUUGUACUCUCCUCCAAACCAAACACAUUACCCUGAACCUGAUGCCAGAUUUGAUGCAUACUGUAUAAGAGACAUCCAAAAGGCUCUACCUAACCAGACAUCGGAUACUGACUUAUUAAGGCCUGAUGAUUUCUUCAUCGUUCCUCCCAUCCCCAUGGAGAUUUCAAGUUCUGGCUCUGGUUCAGCAGACUUUGAUUCAGGCUCUGCAGGAGAUAAUUCUGGAGUACAAUUUAACUCUGGAGAUCAGUCUGGUUCUGGAGACCGGGUUAUCUCUGGAGAUCAGUCUGGUUCUGGAGACCAGGUUACCUCUGGAUAUAUAUCUGGUUCUGGAGGCAAAAUCCCCUUUGGAGACCAAGCUGGGUAUACAGAGACUGUGGUGACCAGUGGAGGAUCUGGUUUGGCCAGUGCAUCUGGUUCUGGGUCAGGACCCAGAGUUGUUUCCUCUGGACCCUUCAUUGCAGCAGUAGAGGGCUCAACGUUAGGAGAACCUCAAGAGGCUGGAGAAGGAAGCACAGACGUUCUUAUAUUCCCUUUGUCUGCAGCUGAUUCUGGGAAGCUCAGUGGAAGUGGAGUUAUGUCCGGGUCUGGAUCUGGAUUUGAUGCUGUACAUCUCACUGGCACGGGUCUUAUCUUGGACCAAGAGUUGUCAGGUUUUAGUGGUUUUCUAUCUGGAUCUUCAUCUGGAAGUGGACUAUCUGAAGACAUUUCUGGAAGUGGAGAUGCUCCAAUCUUAAUAAUAGAUGACAAACUAAUUGACGCAAAGAAGGAAUACAACCUUGGUGGAGGUCCGUUAGAUUUCAGUGGUUCUGGAAACUUUUAUAAAUCUGGGAUUCUCAGUGGGUCAACCUCUGGAAGUGACUCCGAGACUCUUACUGGUGUGACUUUUAUGGGUUCAGGUUUCACUAAACUUAUGGGGUCACCUUCUGGAGAACAAGAGGAAGCUUCUGGGGGUUUAUUCUACAGCUCUGGACCAGAAAGUGUGGGUCAGAUAUCUGGAUUUAGAAUCUCAAGUUGCAGUUUUGAUUCUAGAGCUAGAGGUUCUGGAUCUGGUUUCUCUAAAUCUGAAGCAUCAACAACCAAAGGCGAGGAAGAGGGCAGUGUUAUAUUUUUCACUCAGGGUCUAAUGACAGAAAUACCUGAAGAUGACAAGGUGCCUCUUCAGCUGGGAGAAAACUCAGUGGAGUACAGUGGAGAAACAAGUGGCAACAAUGGUUUCUACUCCGGUGAUGGAAACAAGGACUUAUCUGAGGAUAACACCUUCAUGUCAGGGGUUUUGUCUUCUGGAGAUUCUUCUGAUCCACUGGUGGUGGUCCUACCUGCUCCAUCAGUUGACCCAGCACUAACAGAACCCACCAUAAGAACAGAUGAAGAUGUUAAUGGAACUGAACUGACACACAACUCCAGAGUUUAUGUUUCGCCAGGUCCAGCAGUUGCCCCUGCAGGAUUAUCAGCUCCUCCUGCAGAAAUCAAACCAGCUUUUGUACAAACACCAGCUGUCCUAGAAGCUUCCAACCCAUGUGAACCAAAUCCUUGUGGCAAUGCUUCAUGCACAGUAGAGGAAGGGGUUGCUUUCUGCUUUGAGGCAGAAGUGUGCCAUCCCAACCCUUGUACCAACGGAGCCACCUGUGUGGAGAGUGCAGACUCUUUCAAAUGCUUAUGCCUGCCCACCUACGGAGGGGAACGCUGUGAGAUUGAGGAGCAGCGAUGUGAAGACGGCUGGACGAAGUUUCAGGGAAACUGCUACCUGCCCGUCUCUGACAGGGCGGAGUGGCUGGAGGCGGAGCAACGCUGUCGGCACCUGAACGCUCACCUGGUCAGCAUCAUCACACCAGAGGAGCAGCAGUUUGUCAGCGUUAAUGCGCAGGACUACCAGUGGAUCGGCCUGAACGACAAAACGGUGCAGAACGAUUUCCAGUGGACGGACGGCUCUCCACUGCAAUAUGAGAACUGGAAGCUGAACCAGCCAGACAAUUACCUCAACUUAGCAGAGGACUGCGUGGUUUUGAUCUGGCAUGAGAACGGAAAGUGGGACGACGUUCCCUGCAGCUACCACCUGCCGUUCACCUGCAAGAAGGGACCAGUGUUUUGCGGCGCUCCGCCUGUGGUGAAAAACACACGGAUGUUUGGAAACCGGAGGUCGGAGUAUCCGGUCAACUCCAUCAUCCGUUAUCAGUGCAACCCAGGAUUUAGACAGCGCCAUCUACCUGUGGUCCGGUGCCAAGCUGACGGGAACUGGGAGAAACCCAAAGUGGACUGCACAGAUGUAAAAGCCAGGAACAGAAUAAAACUCAGGAGCAGCAGGAAUUCACCAGUGAGCGAAAAAAACAAAUAAAAUUAUUAAAGUUUUUAAGAGUGAGAAAAAUCUUUUCACAUAAUUUUUAAUUGUUAUAAUAUAAAAUAAAAGGCUUGAAUUUUCAUUCUUUGAGUGCUACGUUGUGGUAGCACUUGUUUAAAACCCUCAUCCCUUCUCACUAAUAUAUUUAAAUAUUUACGCAUGAAUGUCCAAUAUUUCUUUUAGAUCCCACUAAUAUGAAUAUAGAGCGGAUUCAGCUGAAUGCUUUAGCUUCCAGGUUGUCAUUCCAGAGACAGAAAUGAUCAUUUUUAGACAAAAGUCUAUAUUUAGAGACUUGCAGCAAACAGGAAGAUUUUAGAGGACUUUAGAGUUUAAAGCAGCAGCUUAUCAUGUUGGUGGGAUUUUUAACAGCAUUUUUUCUGUUUUAUCUGAUCACCAUCACCAAUGCUGUGCAGUGCACAGAUUUUUAUAAAUCACUGCUGUAAACCUCCAGGUUCCUUCACUUCAUGUCGUUUGUGCUCGUGUGUUGCAUCACUGUCGCCGUUUGUGGGGGCUGCGCCUCCGUUAAACAUGUUGUCACCUGCUGCAUAAUCAAAUAAAGACGCUGGAAACGUG